AUGUUCUUCUUCUUCGUUGGGGGAGUGGAGCAGCAGGUGCGCCAGGUCCUCAAAUCAGGUGUCGGCAGGUGCAUUAACUGCGGCUCCAUGGCUGAUCUAGUGGAAUACGACAAGGUUCUCAAGCUCUUCUUUGUUCCUGUGUGGAAAUGGCCAGCCAAAGACCCCGCUGUGUAUUGUAACAACUGCAGUCUCAUGUUCCCUCGAUCCUUUUCUCUCCCACCUCCAAAUACUGGUCCACCAGCCAUUCCGGAGAGCUUGCGGUGCCGCUUUUGUGACCGGGUUGCGGAGCCCGAGUUCAGGUUCUGUCCUUUUUGCGGGUCUUCUCUGUAAUUGAGUUUUGGGUUUAGGAAGAUUGGACUUUGGAUUUGUAAUAACAGUGCUUGCUUUAACUGUAAUCAAGCUAUGUACAUUUCAAUACAACUUACUGAGAAUUUCAUGUGUUAA